ACACUUCUGCACAUGCACACACACACACCUCCAUGGACUAAAUUGCACACGGGGACCCACAGCGACCAUCAUAUACUGCAAGUGAGCUGGCUAUGCAUUCAUCAAGCAGAUAAUUGACCUUUCAAUCAAACAGAAAAAAGCAGAUCACACACUGGAACGCACUUUUUCUUUCUUUUUUUACUUUAUUUCUAAACAUCCCGGUGCAGGAAAAACGAAAACCAUAUUUGUGCUGAUUGUGGAUUAGAAAGAUCCGGAGGUUUUUAUUAUUAUUAUUAGGCUGAGACGAGGAUCCAAAGGGAUAUAACCAGGAAUUAAUCAACUAAAAGAGGCGAAAAAAAGUUUCCCAGCUUCAUCAUGCCGAGGUACGACUUGUUACCAUGUUUGAUGGCGCUCAUCUUCCUGGGACUGUCAGGGAGCGACGAGCCCAAUCUGCUGAUGCCUUCUGCCAGCGAGACGCCCACGGACGCGGAUCUGUCCCUGCUGGACGAGGACGCCGGCUCCCACGAGUGCUCCGCGUGCGUGUGGAGGGAGCAGAGCAAGGUGCUGCGGCUGGAGACCAUUAAGUCCCAGAUCCUGAGCAAGCUGCGCCUGAAGCAGGCGCCCAACAUCAGCAGAGAGGUGGUCAACCAGCUGCUGCCCAAGGCGCCCCCGCUCCAGCAGCUCCUGGACCAUCACGACUUCCAGGGAGACGCGUCGGCCCAGGAUGAGUUCAUGGAGGAGGACGAAUAUCACGCCACGACCGAGUCCGUGAUCACCAUGGCCUCUGAGCCGGAGCCCCUUGUGCAGGUGAAUGGGAAGCCCAGCUGCUGCUUCUUCAAGUUCAGCCCUAAACUGAUGUUCACUAAGGUACUGAAGGCCCAGCUAUGGGUGUAUCUACGACCACUGCAGCAGACCUCCACCGUCUACCUGCAGAUCCUGCGGUUGAAGCCAGUCACGGAACAGGGGAGCCGCCACAUCCGCAUCCGUUCCCUGAAGAUCGAGCUCAACUCCAGGGCCGGCCAUUGGCAAAGCAUUGACUUCAAGCAUGUGUUGCAGAACUGGUUUAAACAGCCCCACACCAACUGGGGAAUCGAUAUCAACGCCUUCGAUGAAAGCGGCAAUGACCUGGCAGUUACCUCUCUGCGGCCCGGGGAGGAGGGGCUGCAGCCGUUCCUGGAGGUGAAGGUUCUUGAGACCGCCAAACGUUCUCGAAGGAACCUUGGUUUGGACUGCGAUGAGCACUCCACUGAGUCUCGCUGCUGCCGCUACCCUCUGACUGUGGACUUUGAGGCCUUCGGCUGGGACUGGAUCAUUGCCCCCAAGCGUUACAAAGCCAACUACUGCUCUGGCCAGUGCGAGUACAUGUUCAUGCAGAAGUAUCCGCACACCCACCUGGUGCAGCACGCCAACCCGCGCGGCUCCGCGGGGCCCUGCUGCACCCCGACCAAGAUGUCCCCCAUUAACAUGCUUUACUUCAACGACAAGCAGCAGAUAAUUCAUGGCAAGAUCCCAGGGAUGGUGGUGGAUCGGUGCGGCUGCUCCUAGGAUGUGAAAGAUACACACACUUAAAUUCAACCCUCAUCAAACCACCCAAAACCCUAACGGAGCUCUCCACUCCACAUUUCACUUUCGCUCGAAACAUCCUGCUGGGUUUCCAUUUUUUUUUUUUUUCAGUAAUUAAUUUGAUUCUAACUGUAUAAAAAGUUAUAAAUGAAAAAAAGAAUCAAAAAAAGAAAAAAGCUAAAGAUGGAAAUACAGUAUUUAAUGAAUGAUUCGGGUCUGCUUGUGGAGCAGCCUCAGAAAACGGUGAGACAAAACUAUGUUCUAGAGUCCAUGUUAGUUUUGUGAUUUCUAUUUUUUAUGGCAUCUUUGUGAAGUGUCCAGGUUAGUGGAAUGUGGUGACAGCUGACAUGAGUAUAUUUCAUCAAGCAGCGUCAGUUUCAUAGGGUUUGUUCCAAAAUAUAUUUGAGUUUCAGUUACUCUUACUUUUGGGAAAUAAAAAAAAAUGUAUCCAUUUAGAUUUCUGCAAAGAAGUUGAGAAGGGCGGGGGGGCAUGAUCAUUAUCAUUUUGCAAUUCAUGCAUUUUAAAACAUCUCAAUAGCUGCAAAUAAUAUUGACGACAAAAACAAACAGAGGUUUUACUUUUACUUAAAAGAUGUUUGAACAAAUUUAGAAUGUUGUCUGCUGAUGUUUAGGAAACUAAAAGUUUGUGAAAAUCCAAAACCAAAUCUGUUUCCUCUUAAUGGCUUUGAUAUUUACACUUUUUAAGUUAAUUAAACUUUUACCUGGUUUAAUUCUGUAAAACAUGAAGCAGAAGUCCCAGAACAUGUAGAUGGGAAAGAUUUAGCCAAUAACACUCAAUUGAGGUCUGAGAUGAAAACAUUGUGCGAAUGCAGUUGUGGAUUUAGAGGGACGAAAGGACAACCUUCUGCUAGGUCAUUUAGAAACGGUAACAUGUGAUCCCAUUUAUCAUAUAUCACUAUAUAAUUAAUCAAUAAAUUAAAAAAUGUAUAAAUAAAAGUCAUAAAAAUACAACUUUGCAACAAUACAAGUUCAAAUCACAAAUUUACAAGUACAAAUUAAUGAGUACAUAUCAGACUUUUAUUCUUACAAAUCACACAAAUCACAAAUGUGCAAAAAAAAGAGUCACACAUUUACAAGCAGCAGUUAUACAUUUACAAGUACAAAUCACACACCCUUGACACGUGGCAGUGUUCCUGACUUAGAAAAGCUCACCUUUACCGCUCCACACAUUCUUGCAUCUUAUUCUGGUUGUCCUUAUAUAGCAAAUGAUAUUCUCUCCUCUGAUGUCGACAAUUUGUUUCAAAGGAGGGUUGUGCAAGCAACAAGACAGCGACCCAAAACACACAAAAAAUGGUUCUGCAAUAGACAAGGAAGGCUUUAAGGCUUGAAUCCCAACUGAUUCUGCAAAGAGCAGUGCACAAAUAUUUUGGUAAAAUUAUACUAGGACCUUAUUGAUGCCUGCAAUAAAUGAUUUGUCUGCAACUUGCUGAGGGAAAGCCAGUAUGUAUAAUUUUACCAACGAACAAGAAGAAUAACAAUUUCUAUAUUUACAUCUUUGUAAAAAAAAAACUAAAAUAAAAAAAAAUUAAAAGCUUAAAUGAUGUCCCUUUUUUCAGUGCUAGACAGUGAAGUAGUAGCUUUGACAGGAAAUGAGAUUACUACCAAAACUAACAAUAUAUCAAAUCUGGGACUAGAAGAACUGAAAAAAAAAUUUCAAAAUACCAGCAUUAAAACCAACUUUAGCUUAAAAAACAUUUGGAUUGCAUUUUGAAAUGCCCCCUUCCAUCUCAGCCUCCACCACAUCAUCAUCAUCAUCAUCAUCAUCGCUGUCAUAAUGGGAAAAAAAUGUUAGUGCUUAAACAGAGUAGAUUAGUAUGCUCGAAGCUUGUCUUUGUCUCCUGGAUGUCAAAGCAAAGAUAUCCUAUGUUAUAAAAACGAAAGCACUAUGCUGUUGGAUAAAGUGAGAGCCUUCUGACAUUAUAUAUAAAUGAUAUAUGUAUAUAUUAAAAAAGAGGUUACAAAAACCCUUUUGGGGGGCACUCUACCUUACCAACAAUAAAUUUUGCACUAUGGGACGUUCAUGGCGUGAGGAGCUGAAGUGUUGUUUGCGUUUUACCAAGCACAAGAGAGCUUGUACAGUAUAGGAUGAAAAAAAAAAAAAGAAAUAUUCAUGCUUCUGGUGAUAAACCAUAUAGUUGAGAGGAUUUCACUUGUUUUUGAUACCAUCACACUUCCUGACCUUGUCUGAAGCGGGGGCCUGUCCAUUCACACACACUCACUCACCCACACGCCAACACUCGGAUUCAAUCUGGAACCAAGAUGUACUGUAAAGGCAGCCUUAGAGGCCUCUGUUCCUAUGUGUUCUGUGUAAUAUAUGUCUUGAUCUAAAGAGAUGCUUUAACUGGAAGUGGCCCACCCAUCAACCUUAAUUUGUUAUUGUGUAAAAAAUUGGAAACUGUAAACGUGCAUCUGUCUUGUAUUGUUUUCCUUAUGUGUGUAUUGUAAAUGAGAGCAGCCAUUUUAAUUUAAAAUAAGGGAAAUGGGAGGAGUCUCCAGGAAUCGUUAGCCAAAGCAGAGGACGACGAGUUGUGCACCAUAACCUUUGUGACUGCAGGAACAUGCUAGAAAAUUUCAAAGGGAGGAUAAGGCUGGUUCAGGGGCUGUGGUUAAAAAAAAAAAUAAAUCAACGGAAAUCAACAGAUCAGUUAUUUAUUGUUUCAAAAUGCAUUUCCAAGUAUGUCUACCUCACUUUACCCUCAAUUUGUUAUUCUAUUAUUUUCAGAAAAAACAGUGCCGACAUACAAAUGAAAAGAGCGACAUCCCCUCCAAAACUUGUUGACGUAAAGCACAGGGUCCCCUUGCUCUCAGGUUCAGGUUAGGUCGCUAACAGAGUGACUGACGGUCAUGCAUGGUCAAAGGAAAAACAGUUAGUUGUGCCCACCUCUGGGGUUUGACUGUGCUCAAAGCUCUUGAGAGUUUUCUUUUAGUGUUUUUAAAACUUGUAUGUCUGAGAGUUUUGCUUUUGUUUUCAUAUAAAUAUAUGAGAGUAACAAAUAUCUAUGUAAAUACAACCCAAAUGUUAACUUUUAUCAUGCUUUGGACAGGUUCACCGCUUCUAAUUGUGUCUCCCUCUUUUCCCCCUUUCAUACCUGUUCUCUGUGUAGUGAAAAAGAAAGGAAAUCACCCCCAUUUCUGUAGUUUAAUGGAUGUGUGUAUGAAUAACUGUAUUAUUUUUUUUGCCUUUUGUUUUUUAUUUACUGUCAUUUUCUUUUGUACAAUAAAUCAUUUAUUUAGCUUA